AUGCUUCCUCCUAUCCCCGCUGUCGCGGACUACGGCAUCUCACCAGAUCAUGGCUUCCUUCCACCAGAACCGCCACUCGAGGCCCUUCCGGAUCCUUACUAUGCCAAGUGGGAAUGGAUAGCAUCCAAUCUACAGUCUCUUCUACACAGUGGAAGGAUGCGUGACGUCGUCAACUGUCUACCUAUUCUUCAGACCAAAUACCUACAUUCCGAAGAUGAGUGGCGAAGGGCUUAUGUUGUCUUGACCUUCAUGCUUCACGGUUACGUCUGGGGUGGCAAGAUACCAGAAGAGAGAAUUCCACCUCAGCUUACUAUUCCACUUCUCGAGGUCUGCGACCAUCUAGAGCUCCCUCCGGUGGCCACAUAUGCCGCAGUGUGCUUGUGGAACUACAAGCCUAUCUUCCCAGAUGAACCCGCGUACGAUCUGGAUAAUCUCGCCUGCCUCAAUACCCUCACGGGAUCACUAGAUGAACGAUGGUUCUAUCUGAUUUCGGUGGCUAUUGAGGCCCGUGGAGGACCUGCCAUUCCCUUGGUUUUACAAGCUAUUUCCGCAGCGCGGACUGGAAAUAGCAGAGUAGUUACAGAGUGCCUGCAAAGUAUUGCCGAGAUUCUGGACCAGAUUGGUGUGCUUCUCGAGCGGAUGUAUGAGCAUUGUGAUCCCUACGUGUUCUAUCACCGAAUCCGGCCAUAUCUCGCGGGAAGCAAGAACAUGGCUGAUGCUGGACUGCCCAACGGCCUGUUGUACGACGAUGGAAGCGAGGAACCCGAGUAUCGGCAAUAUGGAGGUGGCAGCAACGCUCAGAGUUCACUUAUCCAAUUCUUCGAUAUCGCCCUGGGCAUCGAACACCGGCCCACCGGCGAAACUCGUCCCGCCAGGACUCUGUCCGAAGAUGAGAAGGAAGGCGUUGCGGGAGCACCGCGGCACGGAUUCAUUCAGGAGAUGCGAACCUACAUGCCCGGUCCUCAUCGGCGUUUCCUGGAACACGUGAGCGCUGUGGCCAAUAUCCGGGAGUACGUUGAAGCGCGACGCUCGGACAAAGCGCUCUGCCUCGCCUACGAUGCCUGUCUCGCUAUGCUGCGGGCCAUGCGAGACAAACACAUUCAGAUGGUGUCCCGAUACAUCAUCGUCCCCGCUCGGGAUGCACGGAACCGUGCACCCGAGACGUCCAGUGCCAGGAGGCCAUCGUUAUCAAUGAAUCUGGCCAAUGUUCGGCCUGGCAGCAAGAAGCUGCGCGGCACGGGCGGGACAGCGCUGAUCCCGUUCUUGAAGCAGGCGCGCGAUGAAACUGGAGAACCCGCUAUUGACGCUUGGGCGCGACGACUGCUAAGCAACGGUCCAGCGGAGCCGAGCUUCGCAGCCCUGAGCAAAUUAGGGGAGCAUGCGGACGGCCACCUGGAAGUGGUCGGGUUAUCAGGGACCUGGACGGCAGAUGACAGUGAGGGAGGUAUAUGCCAUUGGUAA